CUGAGGUGAGUCUGGUCACAACACUUCCCUGUCUCGUCUUUUAUUAUCAUGUAUUCUCUCAUUCUCUCCUCUCAACAUCUGAACAGAUUCUCAUAAUGGGCUCAGAGGAGAAAGCUGCUGCCUUGCUCAAUGCCACGUUUGUUCGUCCGGCGAGGUUCUACCUCAGCGGCUUCUCCAACAUCCCUCACGUGAAGUAUUACUUCGUGUUCCUGUGCUUUGUGUACGUCUUCACUGUCCUGGGGAACGGCCUCCUCCUCUCGGUGAUCUGCCUGGCGAAGAGCCUCCACACGCCCAGAUACAUGAUCGUGUUCAACCUGGCCGUGACGGACCUGUGCGGCAGCACGGCGCUCACCCCCAAGCUGCUGGACAUGUUCCUGCUGGAGAGGAGGCACAUCGCGUACGAGGCCUGUUUGAGUAACAUGUUCUUUGUCCUGUUCUUUCUGGCCGUGCAGUCGUGGACGCUGCUCACGAUGGCGUACGACCGGUGUGUGGCCAUUUGCUUCCCCCUGAAGUACCACAGCGUCGUGACCGGAGCCUCCAUCGGGGCCGUGCUGCUGUCGGUGUGGGCGUCGCUCCUGGGCCUGGUGGCCUUCACCGUGGGAGUCAUCGAUCGCCUCUCCUUCUGUGGCUCCGUGGUGGUGAGGAGCUUCUUCUGUGAUCACGCUCCGGUGUACAAGCUGGCCUGUAACGACGCGUAUUUUAGCAACAUAAUGGCCUUCGUUGGCUUCGUUGGAGCGAUCGUCCUCCCUCUGAUAUUGAUCGUGCUCACAUAUGUCUGGAUUUCCGUGGCCCUGAGCAGGAUCGCGUCGGCGGAGGAGCGACUCAAAGCUCUGAGGACUUGCACCUCUCACCUCAUCAUCGUGGCAAUUUUCUUUCUACCGAUUCUGGGCAGCAACAUAGCGUCUGUGGCGUCGUCCCUCCACCCCAACGCCAGGAUCAUGAACUCCUCUCUGACACACACCAUACCCGCUUUACUCAAUCCUAUAAUUUACUCCCUGAAGACGGAGGAGGUGCUGAUCUCCAUCAAGAAGCUUUAUAAAAGAAACAGACUUAGUAAUUUCACCUCGUCCAAAAUAUGAUCUAAGCUGAGUCGACAGUAGCUGGAUAAUGAUGUGAUGUGUUGUUACUGCAAAUUGACAAUUAUUUGGGGAAAUAACUGAUUUCACCAGGAACUGUUGCUUUACAAGAUUCCAGUGUGACUAUGUAUGUUUAAAAUAUGAUAAAACAUUAAAAGCUAAUAUUAUAUAAGAAAUUACAAUUAUUAAGAAAACAACAACUGGAAAAGCAGGAAAAACAAAUCUGUACAUCCCAGUGGUUGGAUCUUUUAGCACAACAGAUAUCAGGGCUACAAAAAAAAAGUUUGAAGAGUUUAAUAAAGUCGACUCAACAAUCCUCAAAUCUAUUCUGUUGCCGGUGAGUUGAUGCCACAACAUAUACGUGAAAAGUAAAGUAAUGUAAACAUAAAAAAGAACAGAAAGGAAAUGUGGAAAUGUGUUGAAUGAACAGAACAAAAUACCAGCCUGAGAGAUUACGUUUAUUUUUACCACUUUGUUUGUUUGUCUUUAUAUUAUUUGUUUUCUAGUUAUAUAAUUAUUAUAAUUAUUUUUUACUAUCAUGAUUUAUGUGUUGUGUUUGUAUGUCUUUCUCCACACACUGUGUCCACUACCUAUCUGUAUCCCUAUCUAUGUGUAUGUAUAUGCACUGAUCGGUGAAUAAAGGUUAAUAU